UCAGUGUAAGAAUUAAAAUUACAUUUAGAAGAAGAAAAAACAAAACAAGAAAAAGCUAAUUAACAUCUAAACACAGACUCAGCCCUUUUGGAAAAAUGACCACACGCACCUCAUAAAACAUUUAUCGAUAUAUUAUUGCUCUACCUUAAAUGAAUACAAUAAUUUCAGCCACUGCUAUUUCCUCCCCUAGCAUGGAAAAACGAAACCAACCCGUAAUAUAAUAGAGUUCAACAUAAUGUACGUUUCCUUGCCAAAUAUUAACAAUGCAUACACCGCAUUGUGAACGGAAACGGCGUCUGCUACUUUACAGCGUGUUAUUACAUCUCUUUUACGAGGACUUUGUAAGUCUAUAAAGAGCUUUACAGGCAUUCAGGGUACGUCGGGGCGACAUUAUAAGAGUAUUCUUAGACAUACACGGGACAAUUCGUAUUUAUCUUAAAUUUAGAUUCUUUAAUGUCUAAUUUCUUAGAAUACAUAUGUUGAUUUCCAUUGCAUUUUUAUAUAAUUUCCUACAAUGAAAAUCUAAAUUAAACCUGAUGAAAAAAGGGGGAGGAUUUAUUCACUGGCUGUAUUGGUAAAUAUGACCACGUGAUCCAUGCAACCAAUCCCUGUAAGAUGCAGGCCAGCAAAAAUACUAUGAUUGUUCAUAGAGGGACGCUUCCCGUUAACAGCGCAACCCUUUUUAUAUGAGUAAGGAAGGGAUGGAAAAAUGUCUUCCAGCGGCGCUCUCAGUAACUGCUUUGUGGACGCUAUGAUGGGGCAGGAGCCGGAGGAGAUGUACGGAGCUCGCUUCAUCCAGCCGCCGCACACCAUGACCCCGAGGCCGCCGCCAGGUGCCGGGGACAGCGCAGACUUCUCCUCCUGCAGCUUUUCACCAAAGUCCGCCGUUUUCACCCCGUCCUGGUCCUCGAUGCACCCUCAGGGACUUUAUCACCCCUAUGUCCACCAUCACCACCACCAGUCCCAUCUGCCCGCAUCGGACAGCAGAUACGUCGGCGUGCGCUCCUGGAUGGACCCAAUCUCCAGCCACGUUUCCUUCGCCGGGUUCCACUCCUCCGGCAGCAGACCGUAUGGGACUAAGCCGGAGCUCCUCCUGCCCGGGAAGCCUACAGGCGGGGACCCGCUGGAGGAAACUGAAGCUGGGACCGGAGCUGAGGCUCGACCCGUCACCGCGGAGUUCUCCUGUGGAGCUGCAGAGUGUCCGGAAAAGGCGAGCAGGGAGCGGAGUGGGAGCGAGGCUUCGAGUCAUAGCGAUCCCAAAGACGAAAAGCCACAACAACUUGACCCAAAUAACCCUGCUGCCAACUGGAUCCACGCCCGCUCGACGAGAAAGAAGCGCUGCCCCUACACUAAAUAUCAGACUUUAGAGCUGGAGAAGGAGUUUCUCUACAACAUGUAUCUGACAAGGGACCGGCGCUACGAGGUGGCUCGCAUACUCAGUUUAACGGAGAGACAAGUGAAGAUCUGGUUCCAGAACCGGAGGAUGAAGAUGAAGAAGAUGAACAGAGAGAGAAGCGGCAAGGAGGUCAUUUAAGCUCUGCUAUUUUCUGUGGCAAAAAGAAAACCCAUCUGAACUAUCACACAGUUAUUUUGUGCAGCCAUUUUUCAAAUGGGCCUUUGAUUGUAAGUGACAGCAUCAUCGGAUACACAUGCAUCACAUAUGAGGAAUUUGUCCUGGUGAAAUCCAGCACCGGAUAACUUCAAGCCAUACAAACUGGUUUUCAUUUUUUCUUUAGCCUCAUCAGCUGCACACUGGGGAGUCGAUGUGAUAUGAAACGUGCCAGUGUGUGUGUGGGUGUGUGUGUGCGAGUGUAUUUUUCGCCUUUUUUAAGAUAUGGAGUAAAAUAUUUCCCCUUGCAGCAAGAUAUUUUGACUGCUCUGGUUCCGAGCACACACAUACACAAAUGUGAUCUGUGCGACAAGGGUUAUAAACAAUGUUUACAGAAAAAGGAUGUGUGUGCGCGCGUGUGUGUGUGUGUGUACAGCUUCUUUAACAAAGAGGGUGCGAUAUAUUCC